AUGUCGACCGUGGAUCCUGACCAGCGCUGGGUCACCCGGCUAGAGAGCACGGGCCUAAGCCUUUUCGUUGUAUCUAUCGUUGGUGGCGUAGUCUCGCUCAUCGUGGUGGGCUUGAGAACGAUUAUCCGGGUCCAUGCACGGAACUUCAACUUGGACGAUGGCCUCAUGCUCGCCGGUCUGGUUGUCUAUCUUGCCGAUGUUGCGCUUGCUUGCGUGGGAGCCCUUCACGGACUCGGCACUCGCAACGCCGACCUAAACCAGCCUAUGAUGAUUGACUCGAUAAAAUACUUGAUGUUGUGGAUGUUGCUCUAUGUCAUAUCGUUAUGUUUGGUCAAGACGUCCAUCUGCGCCACUACGCUACGUAUCGCUACUACUUUGCCUAAGCUGCGCAUCGCUGUGUACAUCUUGUUGGGUUUGACAAUCGCUACCUUUAUCACAACCUUUAUCGGUAUCCUGCUGUUAUGCCGCCCAGUUGCGGCUAACUGGGACCCAACCAUCCUCGCAGAAGGUCGUGGCGAAUGCUCCCCGAUCACGUCUAUGCUGGGUCUAUCAUAUACGUCCACGGCAAGCACCAUUAUUACAGAUUUCGCCUGCGCCGUUCUUCCAGCCGUCAUCUUAUGGCAUACACAGAUGAAACUUUCUACCAAGAUCAUGGUUGCUACGGUCUUGUCGUUUGGAUCUUUUGCUUCGAUCUCAACUAUCAUUCGCACUCCCUACAUCGAUAACUAUAACAGGCCUCUUGAUGACCUUCCUUUUCAUAUUGCCAACAUCCCACUUUGGUCCAAUGUCGAGACUGCCAUCGGACUGAUCGCUGGAUCUCUUCCUGCUCUACGCCGAUUCUUCUUGGAUCGCCGCUCACCAAGAGUUACGACUCGCGGAACGACGGGUGGCUCCCGCGGCCUCCACCCCGGAUCCGUUGGGCUCGUGACCAUUGGCGGAUCAGGAGCGAUGUCUUCCAAGGCAAACAAGACUGAUCAGGGUGAUUGGACGCGCCUUGAAGAGGACACCGGUUCGGAUAAGGAGAGCACUGUGCCCAUCCGUGGGAUCCGACGGGACAUGACCUUUGAAGUAGAGACCUCUACGCUACCAGGUCGUGACGACAGUCCUAGACGCCCCGAAUAA